UUCUCCUUUUUGUAGGCAUUUAGUCAAACAUGACAUGGAAAUCAGCUGCUUUGAAGUUGGAGAAAACCCACUUUGGUCUCAAGUCUCAACUUCUACGAAACCGAUGAGAGAAGAGAGAGAAAGAGAGGAGAGAGAAGAUGUACCAGUGAUUUGAUCUGAAGAAGAAGCAAAGCUUACAGAAGACAGAUGCGAGAGAAAGAGGAUGGGAAGCUGUGCAGUGGAAGGUGGCUGUCCCAGCGACUACAUAGCCAUUGUUAUCUCCUCCAUCUCCAUGAUUUUGCUUCUGUCACGUAUAAUAGUGCCCUUUGCGGUUCACAAAAUUCCUCGAUGUAAAGGCAGUGGCUUCUGGAUUCCAACCAUUCAAGUCUUUGCUAGUUUUAGCCUUGUAUUGUCAAUUGUGCUUUCCCUCAAUUUCCUAAAAUUCAAGAAGAGGCAUUUGUGGCGGUCUUGCUAUGUGUGGGCAGUCUGGAUUGAAGGUCCACUUGGAUUUGGAUUGCUGCUGAGUUGUCGCAUAGCGCAGGCCUUCCAACUAUAUUAUAUUUUCGUCAAGAGGCGUCUGCCGCCAAUCAGAUCUUAUGUUUUCCUUCCGCUAAUUCUCUUGCCAUGGAUCGGCGGAUCUGCGUUUAUGCAUAUCAGAAAACCCUUGAAUCAUCGAUGCCACAUGGAGUUUCCAUGGAUAGUUCCGGUCACGUCCCUUCACACACUGUAUGUUAUUGCUUUGGUUGGCUUCACUGGAGCCGUACGGCAUAUCGAGUUCAGGUUUGAUGAACUGAGAGACCUCUGGCAUGGAAUACUUGUUUCAGCCUCAUCCAUUGGAGUUUGGGUCGCUGCUUAUGUUUUGAAUGAAAUUCAUGAUGAUAUCUCAUGGCUUCAAGUUGCUUCCAGGUUUCUUCUGUUGGUUACGGCAGGUAUUCUUGUAUUGACGUUGUUCUCUAUAUCCAGUUCACAACCUUUGCUCUCACAAAUCAGCUUAAGGAAGAGGGAACCUCUGGAGUUUGAAACAAUGGGUAAAGCUCUGGGCAUACCUGACAGCGGACUACUAUUCCAAAGGGAACCUCCUGCAACGAUAAAUCCUAGCGAACCGCUCGAUAAACUUCUUGAGGAUAAGAGAUUCCGCCAAUCCUUCAUGGCAUUUGCAGACAGUUGUUUGGCAGGGGAGAGUGUGCAGUUUUAUGAUGAAGUACACGAACUUGGUAAAAUACCUCUAGAGGACCCUGUUAGAAGGAUUUACAUGGCACGGCAUAUUAUUGAGAAGUACAUAAAAGCAGGAGCUACAAUGGAGGUAAACAUAUCUCAUCGAAGCCGACAAGAAAUUCUAACUACUUCCAAUCUAGCAGACCCGCACCUUUUUAGCAAUGCAUUAAAUGAGUUAAUACAGUUGAUGAAAAUGAACUUGGGAAACGAUUACUGGUCAUCAACGUUCUUCUUGAAGUUCAAAGAAGAUUCUAGCAUGAGACCGAAUGACCAUGACUUGGAGCAGAUGAUUGGUUGGAUUUACUCUCCUAGGUUGAGCUCUGUUCAUGGUGUUGAUGAUCCCUUCCACCAAGAACAUUUUUCAAAGGGCUCUGGCUGCGAUUCUUUCGACUGAGGUCAAAACUCAUGGACUAUUUAACUACCGUAAUUCGUUGGAAACACGGACUGCUAUGACAAUGCCAUGAUGCUAAGAUAUGUUCCUCUCCACAGGCAAUGCUGCUCAGAAAUGGUGAAGAAAUGGGCUGAAUCAUGAACCCAAGUGGGAGAAAAUGUUGUGCAUGAAAAACGUGGAGACUUGGAUUAUUUGGUUGGUGAUUCCUUGAUUUGAGUUUAAGGCCGCAUAGAUAGAAAGCUAGUGCCUAAUCGUCUAGUCUUUUUUUUUUUUUUUUUUUUUUUUUUUUUUUUUUUUUUUUUUUCAUAGUAAUGGCUGGGAAAGUCUGAUAUCUAAAUACAUGGACGAGAUCGAUUUUUUUUUCUU